UGUCAAGGUUACAGGGAUGUGGAAAUAGUGAACAUGACAACUUCCUGGAGAGAUGGCCUGGCAUUCUGUGCCAUCAUACAUCGAUAUCAUCCUCAUCUAAUAAAUUUUGAUUCAUUGAAGAAGGAAGAUAUAUAUGGGAAUAAUAAACUGGCUUUUACAGUUGGUGAAAAACUGGGGAUAUCGCCAUUUCUGGAAGCUGAAGAUAUGGUGAACUUGACAGUUCCCGAU